AUGAACGUGUCCACCGCUGCGCAGCUGGCGACCCUGGUGGAAAACACCAACUGCUCCAAUGGGGCGUUCGUGGUGUCCUGGCAGGGGGCGCUGACCCUGUCGGAACCGGUGUUGGUGGGGAACUCGACCACGUUGUCGGUCGAGGGGGUUGGGGACGGCGCUGUUUUGGAUGGUGGUGGUGGUAGUCGGCUCUUUCAGGUAUCUGGGGGAGCGUCUUUGUUUUUGGAAAACUUGGAGCUGCGCAAUGCGUCGGCGCCCUACUACAGCGGUGGCGGUGCCAUCUACGCCGACGGCGAGGAUGUAUCUCUUCUGGUAUCAUCGUGUAACUUCACGGGUAACAGGGCUCCCCUCGAUGGAGGCGCUAUCUUGUCGACCGGUGCCGGCUCCAUCAUUGUGGUCAACGACUGUCGCUUCGAAGGUACACGCGGCAUGGAAAAAGACCCUUGUCGGUGA